CCCGGGCGCGCGGACUGGGCCGUCCGGAUGUUGGACUGUAUUUAGCACCAUGCAUCCCUUAAUUCGUAUCCUCCCAUCACAGAGGUCGCUGAGGCGAUGUCCCUUAGCCUCUGUGUCCUGGCUGUCACUUAGAAACUUCACUGAACAAAAUAGUGUUCCCAGUACUGCAUGUCCCCUUCCGGAGAAGCAGCAGGAGGAUGGAGUUCGGAAGGAUUUUAGCACCAGACUGGCCACUGGACCAACUUUUCAGUAUUUUUUAAGUACAUCAGCAAUUCAAGAGAAACACUUUUCUCCAGAUGUGGAGGAUCUACCCCCUUAUCUCAUGGUGGAUGAACUUUUAGGAAAACAGAGAAAAGUCUACCUGGAGACCUAUGGCUGCCAGAUGAAUGUGAAUGACACAGAGAUAGCAUGGUCCAUCUUACAGAAGAGUGGCUACCUGCGAACCAGUAAUCUCCAAGAGGCUGAUGUGAUCCUCCUUGUCACAUGUUCAAUCAGGGAGAAGGCUGAACAAACCAUCUGGAAUCGUUUGAAACAGCUUAAGGUCCUGAAGACAAAGCGGCCUCGUUCCCGAGGACCUCUAAGGAUUGGGAUUCUAGGCUGCAUGGCUGAGAGACUGAAGGAGGAGCUCCUCAACAGAGAGAAAAUGGUAGAUAUUUUGGCUGGUCCAGAUGCCUACCGUGACCUUCCUCGCUUAUUGGCUGUUGCUGAGUCAGGCCAGCAAGCUGCCAAUGUUCUGCUCUCUCUGGAUGAAACCUAUGCUGAUGUCAUGCCAGUUCAGACGAGCCCCAGUGCUACUUCUGCCUUUGUGUCUAUCAUGCGAGGCUGUAACAACAUGUGCAGCUAUUGUAUUGUUCCUUUCACACGUGGCCGAGAGAGGAGUAGACCUGUUGCUUCCAUUCUAGAGGAAGUGAGGAAACUUUCUGAGCAGGGAGUGAAAGAAGUGACACUUCUUGGACAGAAUGUUAAUAGUUUUCAGGACAAUUCAGAGAUCCAGUUCAACAAUACAGUCUCCACCAACCUCAGCCGUGGUUUCUCCACCAACUAUAAAAUCAAGCAAGGGGGACUUCGUUUUGCUUACCUUCUGGAUCAGGUCUCCAGAGUAGAUCCUGAAAUGAGGAUCCGUUUUACCUCUCCCCACCCUAAGGACUUUCCUGAUGAGGUCCUGCAGCUGAUCCAUGAGAGAGACAAUAUCUGUAAACAGAUCCAUCUGCCGGCCCAGAGUGGAAGCAGUCGUGUAUUGGAGGCCAUGAGGCGGGGAUAUUCAAGGGAAGCAUACGUGGAAUUGAUUGAUCAUAUCAGAGACUCGAUACCAGGUGUGAGCCUCAGCAGUGAUUUCAUUGCUGGCUUUUGUGGUGAGAUGGAGGAAGACCAUCUCCAGACAGUGUCUUUGCUUCGAGAAGUUCAGUAUAACACAGGCUUUCUCUUUGCCUACAGCAUGAGACAGAAGACACGGGCAUAUCAUAGGUUGAAGGAUGAUGUUCCAGAAGAGGUCAAAUUAAGGCGUUUAGAGGAACUUAUUACUGUCUUCCGGGAAGAAGCUACAAAAGCCAACAAGACUGCUGUGGGUUGUACCCAGCUGGUGCUGGUGGAAGGGGUCAGUAAACGUUCUGCCACUGACUUGUGUGGCCGGAAUGAUGGAAAUCUUAAGGUGAUCUUCUCUGAUGUAGAGAUAGAAGAUGUCACUAACCCUGGGAUCAGGGUCAGAGCUCAGCCUGGGGACUAUGUGUUGGUGAAGAUCACUUCUGCCAGCUCUCAGACACUUAAAGGACACGUUCUUUGUAGGACCACUCUGAAAGACUCCUCAGCAUAUUGCUGACCUCAGUGAUUGUUCUCUAAGUUGACAACAGCAUUUCUUCCUAACAGGAAGGGAAAGUGAGUGGUCACUAAUGAAGCUUUGUAUACAGGUGUCAGUGGUGAUGCAAAGUAAUGUGAAAUGGAAAUCGUAUUAUUUAUUCUAUAAGAACAGCCUUUAUAAUUAUUAAAUUUACUUGA